AUGCAGGCUGUUAUAAGCCGUGCCGUCCCCGACGUCACCGUCCAACAUGUCCAGCCCGUGUCGUCUCUACGCUCACAGAGGCUCUACGACGUUGAAUGUACGAACGGCACGAACCUCGCCAUAGCCCUCCCCGCCAUGCCCAUGGCCAGACUGCUGCGUUCUGAGCAAGGAUCCAUUAGCUCCGAAGCUGCCGUUCUCAAGUGGCUAGCCGGGCUCCAUGUCAAGAAGCCUCUUCUCCAAGAGAGGACACCUGAGCCAGAAGAGACCCGUGUUGUUCUGUCUCGUGACGGUAAACAUGUCCGAAGCCCGAGCAAUAGUUCCUCAGACGACCACUCCACCAGUACGCGCCUAGCAAAUUUUCUGCCGCAGCUCCUCCUACACUCGGCCGGCUCGAACGAACACAGGAUCGAGUACAACGUCACAAGACCCACGCAAGGCAAGCCGAUAGCAGACCUGAGCCCGCCCCUGAACCCAUCAGAACGCAAGCUUGUCGACCUACAGACGGGACGCUUCUGCCGGAGGGUGUCGGAGCUCGUGUCGCCCACGGGACGCUUCGGUCCUGCCUUUGCCGUCCUGCCGACACUCACACCUUCGCACUCCGGAGCCUCGACGCCCUCGGCCAGGCGAGACGCCAACGCCCGCAUGAUCCAGUCCAAGGGCGUCGAGACGUGGGCUACGGCUUUCCACUCGAUGCUCGAGGCUGUGCUACGGGACGGAGAGGACAUGGCUGUUAUGCUCGCCUAUGCCAACGUUCGACGACAGUACAGGCGGCUGGCUCACGUUCUUGAGGGGGUUACGUGCUCGAGGCUAGUUGCCGUUGAUGCCGGAGACAACAUGAACACACUUGUGUUGCGCAAGGCGAGGCACGGAACUCCAGCAACAGACGAUGACGACGACGAUAGCGAAGACGAGGAAGACCGAAAGACGGAGACUGGAUCUUCACAAGCUGGAGAGGACGACGAGCAGACAGAAGAAGAGGAAGACAAGACGGCGCUUGAGGCGCCACACGAUAUCACAAUGACCGGCAUGAAGGACUGGAGCCACUUCAUCUUUGGCGACCCCCUAUUCGCGACCGUCUUCAGCCGAGACGCGACCGACGAGUUCCUCAGGGGCUUCAACGACGCGGCCGCCGGGCACGAAGCAGAUGGCGAAGGCAACGAACCGCAGAGCAAGUUCGAUUCUGUCCUCAUCGAGGACAAGGCCAACGCCCACGUCAGGCUGCUAUUGUACGACUGUUACCACAACAUCACCCAGGUGGUCAGGGAGUUCUACCGCCCGCGCAAAGACAGCAGCCGGCACGAGCUCGCGGCGAGGAAGAGGCUCAACGAUAUACUGACCAGGCUUGAGGCGAUUGGUGAGCCAAAACCCACGCUGCGGAGGAAACGCAGCGGUGAGAUGAGCCCUGCUAAGAGGGCGAAGAGCGAGGGGCCGGAGGAUGCGUGA